AUGUGCUUCAUGGCUAUUGACGAUGAGGUAAAUUCAAAUGGAAAUUGUUCAUAUGAUGAAUUACCUAUCUCUUAUGAUGAACUUCUUGAAGAAUUUGAAAAACUUGCUCUCAAUUACUCUACACUAAAAAAGAAAAAUUAUUUAUUUGAAAAAGAGGUUAGGAAGGUGGAUUUGCUUGAUGGUGUCACAAUUCUCAGAUUUGAGAAGGUUAAGGAUGAAUUGGUUUUGGAUGGAAAUGACAUUAAGCUUGUUUCACGAUCUUGUGCAUUGAUAAACCAGAAAUGCCAUGUGAAGAACAAGGAUAUCCGGAAGUUCCUUGAUGGUAUCUAUGUCAGUGAGAAGGGAACCAUAGUUGAGGAAGAGUGGGUGGCUUAG